AUGCCCAAUUCCACAGGCAGUGGAGUCGAAAUCUCCGGAUGGACCCCAGGACCGGAUGGAAGGGGCACACUUGACAUUAUAUGGACCAGCGUCGUAACCAUGUUUCUUUGUAGCUGGACUGUUCUCUGUCUCAACUUGCCGCCAGACUUCUUCACUGAUCGGAUGUGGGUGAGGCAGAAGCUUCUCAUGACUGGUCUUGUUUUCAUUGGACCUGAAUUCCUCUUUCAACUUGCUCUUGGUCAAUGGCUAUCCGCACACAACUCGGUAAAGCAAUUUCAAAGUUCUGGACUCGACAACUGGACCAUGAAGCACGCAUUUUUUGCAGACAUGGGAGGCUACGUGUUCGACGACCCUGAAGAAAUGGCACGGUUUCCCCUCACAGCCAAGCAAGUUUACUACCUGGUUCACAAGGGUUACGUAGGGGUUGAUGAUGCUCUGGUGCAGCCAAAAGUCAUUGCCGACCGGAACAAAGGCGAUGGAGUAACUAGGCUCAUCACCUGCUGUCAAAUAUUUUGGUUCUUCCUGAACACAGCGGGGCGGAUGGCACAGGGCCUUGCUAUAACCACACUCGAGCUCACCACGCUUGCCACUAUUUUUUGCACGCUCGCCACCUACACAGCCUGGAUGCACAAGCCCCUCGACGUCAAGACAGCAGUCCCGCUCAAACCAAAAAAGCCGCUGCGCCUCAUUCUCGACGACGCCAUCGUGGCCGGGGAAUAUUCCGGCGAGCCGUACAGACGAACGCCACUCGACUUCAUCGAAGCGGCGCCCUCGUCAUGGUACAUAUACUGGUCGUACGGGAUGGACGUUUUCCGGCGCAUGCACAUCCACUUCUGGCGCGCCAAAGCGCGGCCGGCCGUCAAGAUCGCAGAGGACCAUUUCCUCCCUCUCUCGGGCCGGCUCAACCUGCUCCUCUUCGCCUUCCAGCUCGCCUUCACGGCCAUCCAUCUCGCCGGCUGGAACUUCUUCUUCCCGACGCCGGCCGAGCGCGUCCUCUGGCACGUCUCGAGCGCCAUCUCCGUCGCCUGCGUCUUCGUCUACUGGGCCGUCGACCUCUUCGCGUUCGACGUCCUGCCGUGGGUGUACGGGAAGUUUCCGUCCGUCGUACGGUGCAAGCACGCGCUGGAGCGGAGCGUGGAUAAGCGCGCUCCUGGCAGCAUGCACGAGCGCUGCCAUGCCACUGCUGCGAGACUGCGCAACCUCUCGGAAGGGCGCGACCCGCAGUUCGCUGUGCCGCUGAAGGCGAUUGCGCCCGUUGCGGUGCUUGUCACCGCAUACUGCGCUACGCGCGCCAUUGUGCUGAUCGAGUGCUUCAUCGGCUUGCGGCUGCUUCCGGUCACGGCGUACAAGACGGUGCGGUGGGCAAGCUUCGUACCUCAUUUUUAG